CAAUCCAAUCCAAGCAGGUGCGCGCAUGCGUCAAGGCUGUUGCUGUUCUUGUCGUUACUGCGUGCUGUGGCGUCAUAUCGUUGCUGUAGUUGUAAAAAACGUAUAAAUUCCCGUCAAGAAUUACUGUACAGACAACUUCAUUUUCAUUCGCCCGCUUUUAUUCAAGACUUCCUUCUCAGUCAGCAACGAUGUCGGCAAUGGGUGACUUUGUUCCAGCCUUCGUGCGCUUCACAGUGGUCACGGAGGGCACAGAAUUCAUGUCGGACCGAAAGUUUCCAGUCACAAGUACGAUUGCGGACCUGAAAAUGAAACUCGAACUUCUCACAGGAGCCUCGGUGCAUUCCAUGCAACUCGAACUGCGACGAUCGGACGGAACUACCGUAGCGGCCCUCAAGGACGACAGUGCCCGCCUCGAGUCCUUCCCCAUCACAGACGGUCUCACGUUGCACGUUUCGGACCCUCACCUCAACCACGGAGAACCCGAAGACUUUUCCUUGGAUGAGAGGGACAAGAUUUCAGAGGAGCGGUACAACCAGCUCAACGAGUCUGCGCGGAAGUUCCUCCAGGAACAAGGCUUUCGUACGUUUAACGAAGAACAAAAAGACAUGCUGCGGAAGAUUGCGGAAGAAAAGGAAAAGAAGAAAAAGGAGCUGCUGAAAGUGAUACAGAUCGGCAAUCGUUGCGAGGUGCACGGCGUCAAACAGCAGCCAGCACGACAUGGAACGGUCAUGUUUGUAGGGGAGGUGGACUUUAAACCGGGGGUGUGGGUGGGCGUAAAAUACGACCUUCCGCUGGGUAAGAACGACGGGAGUGUCAACGGCAAGAGAUAUUUUGAAUGUCUGCCCAAGUACGGCGGAUUUGUGCGGCCGGUCGACCUGACAAUUGGGGAUUUUCCUCCGGACGAUGAUAUAGACGGUGAGCUGGAUCUGGAGGAGCUGUAACUUUUAUUUUAUUUUAUUUUUUCCUUCCGAAUUAUUUAUUGCAUAAACUGGGUUGUCAAGCUUUGACUAGUUCUGAGGACCAUUUUCAGCACAGGUAGCAAAGUGGAAUGAAGUCUCGUGCUAUGCAAGGAAGCUUUUGCCGCUACUGUACGCGCUUGUGCAUGCAUCCGAUGUGUGCACGCUCGUAAAGGUUGAAUGUUUGAGCUCGAGUGUUGAGCAUAACCUGUGGAAUGCACAUGGUGAAAAUAUGAUCGCGUAUCAUGAAGCUUUUAAUGAGCCCAGCAGCUGUCUAAAAAAAGGUUGGCAUUGUUGUUCUGAAAACUACAGUUGCAUUGUCGUAAAUAUUUUAAUGUGUUAUGUCGAAUGGGACAAGUUAAACAUUCCACAGAGGUGAGAUGAAUAUGGUUGAAGCCCAUAGGUAAGUCAUGGCGAAGUUGUAUCCUAUUGUGCUCUGAAUAAAAAAAAUCCCCACACUG